UUUCAGUUCAAAAGUAUGAGCAAUUAUGGUUCACCCGAUGACGGGGAGCUGACGGAUGAUAGUCAUGGGCAGCUAGAAAGCUCCGCCCAUAGCCAGAGAUCGUCGUCGAAUUCGCCGACUGCUGCGUCGACAGCACACGAAGAGAGGAAGAAAAUUGAGCUUACAAAAAUGGAUAUAGAAAGGUUCGCUGAUUUAGGCGAAGAAGAUCGCUUACGAAGGCGGUUGCUCGAGAAGCGAGAGAGGGAAGCGAGACACAGUGAUGAUGAAGAGAUGUUUACCAUACAACCGAAAAAACCGAGAAGUGACAAAGCGGAAAGGUCGGACAAAUCAGAAAAGUCAGAAAAACCUCGAGAAAAACAUCGCGACAGAGAACGGAGAGAUCGAGAACGAGAAGAUUACGUGAAGACUAACUUCAGUGCUUCAGAUCGCCGAGAACGAGACAAGGACAGGGAAAGGAAGGAGGAGAAACAUAAGAAAAAGCAUGAGGACAGUUGGAAUAAAUCCGCACCUCGUGUAGUUUCGAAACAUCACCGCGACAAAGGCGAAAAAAGUGACAAACGAGUUAAACCAGAAGAAAGCGAACGACCUCGUAAGGAACACCAGAUUGUAAAGAAAGAGCCAAGUCGGACGCCUUCACCCGAUGAGAGGUUGAUUGUCACCAAGAAACGUGAACGCCAUGUUUCUGUGGAAGUGAAGAAGAAGGAGAAGGACUACGAAAAAGAGCCUAAAAAACCAGAUCCUAUCCCAACUUCAAUAGAACCGGAGCCACAGCCACAGCCACCUAUUACUGUCACCGUAACAAAAACCGAAACAGUUGAAACAGAAACCGAGAAUGAAAAAACUCUCAUCGAAGAUCGCGAAAUUACUUCUUUCAUCCUCGACUCUCCUGCUGGUCCACAAAAAUACUCCAAAUUUGACAGUAGCCCUGAAAUGGGUGAACCCGGAGAUUUUGACCAGACACCUGAACAGAGCGAUGUAGACUACAGCGAAGGUGAGAUGCUGCUAGAACCGGAGGAACCAGAAUUUGACCCUUCAACGGCUACAUGGGAGAGUUUGACAGAAGAGCAAAAGCUGCUGCUCUCUCCGGAUACGAAAAAACGGCUGGAAGAUGACUAUCAAACUCGUUUGAUAGCUCAAUUACCAGUUUAUUACGCAUCUUUUAUGGGUUGUCGCAAUGUUGCUGAGUUUGAUUGCGUAAAUCGUGUGGAAGAAGGAACUUUUGGUGUUGUUUAUCGUGCAAAGAAUAAGCGAACAGACGAGAUUGUCGCUCUGAAGAGAUUGAAAAUCGAAAAGGAACGAGAGGGAUUUCCUAUUACUGCACUUCGUGAGAUCAACAUGCUCUUGAAAGCUGGAAAGCACGAGAAUAUAGUUAAUGUCAAAGAGAUAUUGAUAGGAAGUAAUGCAGAUAAAAUAUAUCUGGCUAUGGAAUUUGUCGAGCAUGACAUGAAAAAUCUCAUGGAUACAAUGCACAAGCGUGGAAAGCGCUUUAGCUUCGGUGAGCAAAAAACGUUAAUGAGGCAGUUACUGUCGGGACUGAAGCAUCUCCAUGAUAACUGGAUUCUUCAUCGUGAUUUGAAGACUUCUAAUCUUCUGUUCUCUCACAAGGGUAUAUUGAAGAUCGCGGACUUCGGUUUGGCCAGAGAGUACGGUGACCCCCUCAGACCAUACACUGCUGUUGUCGUUACGCUGUGGUACAGGGCCCCGGAGCUACUGCUUGGCCAGAAGCUCUAUUCCACUCCUAUUGAUCUAUGGUCUGUCGGAUGUAUCAUGGGAGAGUUCGUAUUAUUGAAGCCCUUAUUCCCAGGAAAUGGCGAACUUGACGAAAUAAAUAAAAUUUUCAUGGAACUCGGGACACCGUCAGAUUCUAUAUGGGAAGGGUACAGUGAGUUGCCUGGACCAAAACUUAUGAAAUUAGCGAAUCAUCCAUAUAAUCAAUUACGGAAGAAGUUCCCUGCCUCAUUGAUGAAUGAAAGUGGUUUCAAGUUAUUAAAUAGAUUCUUGACUUACGAUCCUGCUCGACGUAUCACUGCUGACGAGGCUCUAGCUGAUAGGUGGUUUAGCGAAGAUCCGAAGCCAACCCCACCUGAGAUGUUCCCAACCUUUCCAGCAAAAAGCGAACAACAUCGCGCUCCCCCUCCAAGUGCUGCUAUGGCGAAGAAGAAAGCAGAGAUCAUAAAUCCCGAACGUGCAAAACUGCUCGCUGAUCUCAAAGUAAGGCCGGAUCAAGUGACUUCUGGCUCCUUCUCCUUGAAGUUUGAUAAAACCAGGUUUUGAAUGUACAGUUGUAAAUGUGGUCGCUGUUUCUAGCUGCAUCGGUUGCAGAAGAAACUCUAUUUGUGAAUAGUUAGGCGUUGUAAAUUUUGUUGUUACUGACUGAUGUUUGUUUUUGUGAGUAAUUUCGAAAGCUGUCUAUUGAUUGUUUGUUCUUGAAAGAUGUGUGCUUUGAUGCAUCACUCUAGAGUGAUGGAGGUAUUACGAGUAAAAUAU